AUGAAUACAAUCUGGCUUAAAAAAUGUCAUGAGUUGGACCUAAAAGCUGAAUUCUUUUCAUUUAUUCACAUACUUUUAAAAAUGAAUGCAGAUUAUAUUUCAUCACUUUAUAAUUCUCGAUCUCAAUUUGCUCGCUAUGUUACCAUUCCAGUUUAUUUUUUAAGUUUCAUGAGUGAACUUCUCACAAUUACUAUUUUUCUUAGUUUAAAAACAUUUCGACAAAAUUCUUGUGCAUUUUAUCUUCUUUCCAUGUCAUCAUUUAAUUUUAUUCGAUUAAUAAUUAGCACGACAUUAGUUGUAAUUUCGAUGGCAUUUACAAUCAAUUGGACUUCACUUAUUGUAUUUUAUUGUCAAAUUCGAAGUCUUGUGGCGUUAUCAUGUCUUAUUAAUGCAGUUACACUCUUAUGUUUAGCCGUAAUUGAUCAAUAUUUGGCAACUUGCGCUCGUCAACAAUGGCAACAAUGGUCAAAUAUUAAAGUUGCUCAUCGUCUUACAAUUCUCGUUUCCGUUAUUUGGUUUUGUCAUGGUAUAUUGUACGUGAUAUAUUUUCGACAAUUAUCUCCAAUAAAUACUGCCAUUUGUAUAUCAGUUGAUCCUGUUUUUCUACAAUAUCAUAUUUAUGGAUAUUUUCUUACGCUAACCAAUCUUUUCCCCUUGGUUGCAGUAAUAUUUGGAUUGAUGGCCUAUCGAAAUACGCGAACAUUAACAACUCGAACAAAUCCAUUGGUACGUCAUGAAUUGGAUAAACAAUUAACAAUAAUGGUUCUCGUUGAAAUCUGUGUUUAUGCUUUUACACAAAUACCUUAUUCAAUUACAAAUGGAUUUUUAUUGUUGAAUACAAAUCGCGAUCCAGUUUUUAUUGCUCAAUGGAAUUUAAUCAAUGCUGUCACACUCACUUUGAAUAUUUUAACCAAUGGAAAUUCAUUUUUUACAUAUAUUUGCGUAUCAAAACGUUUUCGUCGUCAAGCGAAAUAUGUUUUAUAUGAUAUUCAUAUGAUUCGGUGGCAACAGAAUCGAAUUCAUCCUGAUCAAACUGUAAUGGAACGAGAAACAUGA